AUGCACGACAUCAGUAUGGCGCUGUUCUUUACCCGUUUUCUGUCUCUAGUACUCUUGCUGCAGUCAUGCUUUGUCCUCGCCGUGCCACAGCAGAAUGGCUCAACUGACUUAAGCAUCCUUCCAAAGGUGUCUCGGGUCAGAACAUUCAUCCUUACAGAUAUUCUCAAUGAGCCUGAUGACUCAAUGUCAAUGGUCCGCUACCUACUGUACUCAAAUGAAUUCGACACCCGAGGUCUUGUCGCCGUGACUUCUUGGUCCUUGCGAAAUGACACCCAUCCGAGUGAAAUCAAGAAGAUUGUCAAGACCUAUGCCAAGGUUGUUGAUAAGCUAAACCAGCAUGUUCACCCCGACAAUCAAUAUCCAAAACCUGAGGAGCUACUGAAGCAGAUUUCAUCUGGGCCUCGUUCAUAUGGACGAGUGGCCCUCAAGGAGGCCAUCAGCGACGGCGCCAAACUCCUUGUGAAGCGUCUUCAAGAGUCCAAAGAGCCACUUCAUGUUAGUCUUUGGGGCGGAGCCAACACUCUAGCUCAAGCGCUGCAGCACAUUGAGAAAACAAAGAGCGAAAAAGAAGCUGCCGACCUUCGAUCUCGACUGAGGGUUUACUCAAUCUCGGACCAGGAUGAUACGGGUGCUUACAUCCGAGUCAGAUGGCCAGAUGUCUUCUUCAUCGUCAACGUCCACGGCUAUCGCGAAUAUCGUCUUGGAACAUGGACCGGUAUCUCCACUGCCGACAAUGGCGCAGCCAACACUACAAAAGUGGCGGACGGCUGGCUUACCCCAAACAUUCGUCUGGGUCCUCUCGGAGCGGAAUACCCUAAGAUUAUCUAUACAAUGGAAGGAGACAGUCCCAGCUUUAUUUGGAAUAUUCAGAAUGGUCUGAACGUUCCGGGUAGACCAGAAUAUGGAGGCUGGGGAGGUCGAUAUACUCGCGUCACGGAAGACACUGACAUUAACGAAUAUGGCACAUCCGGGGAUGCUUUGAUUAACACCAAGGGUGAAAGCUGGUUCAGUCCUUAUGCUACUAUCUGGCGCUGGCGUGAUGCGUACCAAGACGACUUUGCUGCUCGUAUGCAGUGGACCCUAGUUGAUAGCUUUGAAGAGGGCGCUCACCCGCCGAGCAUCAACGUCAACGGAUCCACGGGUAGUGAGCCCCUACGAUUCAAGGUUGGCCUCAAGGACGCUAUUGUCUUGGAUGCCAGCAAUACCAUCGAUACUGAUAGUCAAGACGAUUCUUCUGGGCUGGACUAUGAAUGGUACUCUUAUGCUGAGUGCGCAUCACCAAUGUUGACCAGUCUUGCUGCCAAUUUCUUCUCCGUUGAUGCACUGGCGCCGCCGAUAGGAACGAAUGGCACACUCGCUGUGAACGAAGCAGGUUUUAGCAAUGUGGCGUUGGGACCAAUGGUCAGAAUCUCGACCAACUUGACUAGUUGGGAAGAGGAGCAGCCCAGUUCAGUCGAUAAGGAAUGGCAUGUUAUUCUUCAGGUCACCAACAACAAGGGGUCAUAUCCGAUCCGAAGGUAUAGACGCGUCAUUCUGGAGCUCCCUGACUCAAAAUAG